CUAGACUGCAGGAGAGCGCUCAUGAUGCUGCCUCCGGUGCCCUCCCGCUUCGGGCUGCUGCUGCUGCUGCUCCUAUGCCCUGCGCACGUCGGUGGACUGUGGUGGGCUGUGGGUAGCCCUCUGGUCAUGGAUCCUACCAGCAUCUGCAGGAAGGCCAGGCGGCUGGCGGGACGGCAGGCUGAGCUGUGCCAGGCAGAGCCGGAAGUGGUGGCAGAGCUCGCCCGGGGCGCAAGGCUGGGGGUCCGAGAAUGUCAGUUCCAGUUCCGUUUCCGACGCUGGAACUGCUCCAGUCACAGCAAGGCCUUUGGGCGCGUCUUGCAGCAGGAUAUUCGAGAGACAGCCUUCGUGUUUGCGAUUACCGCAGCCGGCGCCAGCCACGCUGUCACGCAGGCCUGUUCCAUGGGAGAGCUCCUGCAGUGUGGUUGCCAGGCACCCCGCGGGCGAGCACCGCCAAGGCCCUCUGGCCUCCUGGGCACUCCUGGACCUCCAGGGCCGACAGGUUCGACAGAGGCCAGCGCAGCCUGGGAGUGGGGAGGCUGUGGAGACGAUGUGGACUUCGGGGAUGAGAAGUCAAGACUCUUUAUGGAUGCACAGCACAAGCGAGGACGUGGAGACAUCCGCGCACUGGUGCAACUGCACAACAAUGAGGCAGGCAGGCUGGUGCGUAUGGGCAGGAGCUGUAGGUGUCAUGCAAAAGCAUGGAAGUGUGGGUGUGCUCAGCCCAAGGCUGAGGGGGCCCAGGAGAGGAAUGUCCGGACAGGCCCACAUACCUGUUGCGAGGAUUGGGGAGGGGUGACAGAGACAGACGCCCAGGCGGCUGUCUGUGUCUGCUCAGCUCUGCCUGGGGCCGCGAGGGGCAGGAAUGAGGAGGCCGGCGUACAGCUCGAGGAGAACUGCCUGUGCCGCUUCCACUGGUGCUGCGUGGUGCAGUGCCACCGCUGCCGCGUGCGCAAGGAGCUCAGCCUGUGCCUCUGACCUGCCGCCUGCCUCAGAACUGCACGCCUCCGCCUCUUGGCAAUCUGCAGGACCACUGAAUUCCAGCAGGGGGCACCGUCUGGGCCCAGAUGCUCCCUAGGAAAAAUACAUAUCUAGGUCUUGGGAAACAAUGGGGGCUGGGAGCUUGAGGUUUACACUUGCCCACGAAGGCCUGAGGACCCUGUUCCUCCAGCAUCCCCCAGAAGGGCUGUCUGCUAGUUUCUGCGGGAGACUAUGCAGGCUCUCCCUCCCUUUGGCCUCCCAGAUGGAAAUAAAACAAACAAACAAACAAAAAACAAGAAGCCAGAC